AUGGCUACCCCUGCUGCGGAUUCCGACGGUGACAUUGCUCAGCCCGAGGUCGCGUCCACUCCACCGCCUGCCGCUGCACCUGCCACUGAUUCUCCCGCCGCGGUUGCUGUCCCUCCCACCGAGACUUCACCGGUUCAUGACUCCGCGACCAGCUCUGGUGGUGAGGCCCCUCUUGAGCCCGACGCCGCAGCGACUCCACCUCCUGCACAGCCCAUCCUUCGUCGCGGUGAUCGUGUCCGCCGCCCCUCUACUCGUCUGGCUGAUGGGCCGAGGUUUGAUUUCAUGGGCAGUAGUUUCCAGUUCCUGCCGUUCGGAUCCGGUCGGCGGGUUUGCGUCGGGCUUAACCUGGCAGAGAGACUGAUGAAAUAUGUGCUGGCGUCGAUGUUGCAUUCCUUUGAGUGGAAGCUGCCGGACGGCGAGGAGAAGCUCGAUUUUUCGGAUAAGUUGGGGGUGGUCGCGAAGAAGGUGAAGCCUUUGGUUGCUAUACCGUUCCCCCGCCGGCUGGGUAAAUUGGUUGGGCUGUGA